CACCAGUCAAGUCUACCAGACAUCCUCUAUCCCUUGUCAUUUGUUGGUCCUCUUCCACCACCUUGGAUUUCACCAAGGCUGUUCUUCUCUCACCCAUGGAUCCUCUACACUAUUGGCCUGAUUGCGGUUAUGAUUGCAAGCGCUUGCUUUCCAAUGUUCACAUUUGUCAUUGGACGUUGGAUGAAUGGGAUCACAGACAUGAGCAAGAGCCCACAGGAAAGAGAACAAGUGGGGACUGAUGCUGCGAUCUGGAUGCUGGGCCCCUUGUUUGCUGCUUUCUUUGGAAGCUUUGUCUGGUUCCUAUGUUAUGGCAAGGCUUCAGAACAGUUGGCAACAGCAAUGCGUUUAGAAUACGUGUCAUCAAUCCUAUCACAGGAUACUGCCUAUUUCGAUACCCAUGGAUGUGGUGAAAUCACCACUCGUGCAGACAAGGAUAUCAAUACAAUCAACAAUGGGUAUGGAGAACAGCUUGGCUGGACAAUGCACCUUGUGUGCUUCUUGAUCACGAACUUGGUGGUUGCCUUUGUAUCCUUACCAAAGCUUGCCGUAGUGCUUUCCCCAUUUUUCAUAUGGCUGCUAGUGCUGUUUACAUCUGUGGAACUGGUCGUCAAGAAGCAAGAGGUCAGAGCUGAAGAUGCAUCUGGCCGUGCCAACACCUUUCUGGAACAAUGCUUCUCAGGCAUCAGAGUGGUCCACACCUUUGCCAUGUCCAAGCCUCUGAGACAAUAUUGGAACAACUCUCUUCUUGGAGAUAUUGAAGCACUGCAGACUCGUUCAAUAUUUGUGCGGGCCAUCAAGAUUGGAUGGUGCCAUUUUGCGCUAUGCACAAUUCUUGGUGUUGGAUACUACUAUGGUUCAUCUCUCAUGGAUAAUGGGGCUCAAGUUGGCUCUAUAUUCAAUACCAUCAUCUGUUUCACUGCCAUGCACUUUAUCAUCAACAGCCGUCUUACUGCAAUCUCUGGGUUCAGCAGUGCUGUGGCCUGUGUCAAAGUCUUGCGGCAUCACAUCGAAAGGCAGCCAUACAUAGACAUCCGUGAUGAAUCUGGCAUCAAGUUGGCGCCAUUCUCUGCUCAGUGCGGAUACACUCCCACUGUGAUGUUCAACAAUGUCACAUUUGCGUAUCCAUCAAGGCCGGACAUCAAAGCACUUGAUGAUGUAUCAUUCAGUGCAGAAGCUGGGCAAUUAACAGCUAUUGUUGGCCCUUCAGGAGCGGGAAAAUCAUCAAUUGCUGGACUGCUUGUUCGCCAAUAUGAUCCCUCCACUGCAAAUCUACCCCAUCCAUAUGACUUCAUGGCUACCGGUGAAAGGAAAGAUUUUAGCAAUCAACUCGACAAUGUACAAACCAUCAAUAAAACUGAAAAAGGACUCAACAAAAACACUUCCACACAACUGGUCACUGGUACUGAGCCUGUACAAGGUGGUGGUACUAUAAUAUUAGCUGGAAUCGAUUUACGUGAAUACAAUCUCCGUUCACUUCGAUCCCAGAUCAGUGUGGUACAUCAAGAACCACAACUCUUGUCUGGAAGUGUGUUUGAGAACAUAGCAUCAGGCUUAGCUGGUACCCCUCUUAGACAUCGGAAAGACUUGGAUAGCAGUGAUCAGGAGAAGGUCUCUUUUACUCGCCAGCUGUGUAUUGAGGCGCUCAAGAAAGCUGAGGCUUGGGAAUUCGUGCAAGACCUGCCACAAGGAAUGGAUACCCAAAUAACUGGUGGCCGCACAGGUAUACUAUCAGGGGGACAACAGCAGCGUCUAGCAAUAGCAAGAGCUCUCAUUGGUAAACCAGCUGUUCUGAUAUUGGAUGAAGCAACUAGCGCCUUAUCUAGCGAUGUGGAACUCAAAAUCCGGAACAACCUUGAACUUGAACAGCAGCAGAGGGGUUUGACUGUCAUCUCCAUUGCUCACAGACUGCAAUUUGCUCAGCUGGCUCAAAAAAUAGUAGUCAUGCAGCAAGGGCGCAUUGUUGACACUGGCACAUACUCUGAGCUAUUAUCUGCC